AGCUGCAGUUGCAGCCGCGCGCCAGCAAGGACCGCAGAGCCGGUGGCCGCGGCAGUGUGGUGGCGGAGGCUGAAGCAUCCUGCGCGGGUCGCAGGCCCCCGACCCUGGACACACAGCAGAGAUAUCCUCUGAGAGCCAAGUGGAGAACGUUAACGAAGGAAAGGGAAAUGUGGCUGGCCACGGUGCAGUGAGAACAGGCGCUUCGACGAGAGGAGGCUCCCCAGCCAGACUUGACUGUGCCAUCAGCAUGAGAACUUACCAGUACUUCUUGCUGCUCUUUUGGGUCGGCCAGCCCUACCCAACUUUUUCAGCUCCGUUAUCUGAGAGGACUAGUGGUUUUCCAGCCAAGAAAAAGGCCCUGGAGAUCUCCGGAAACAGCAAAAAUGAGCUGAACCGUUCCAAAAGGAGUUGGAUGUGGAAUCAGUUCUUUCUGCUGGAGGAAUACACAGGAUCCGACUACCAGUACGUGGGCAAGUUACAUUCAGACCAAGAUAGAGGAGAUGGAUCACUUAAAUAUAUCCUUUCAGGAGAUGGAGCAGGAGAUCUCUUCAUUAUCAAUGAAAACACAGGUGACAUACAGGCCACCAAGAGGCUGGACAGGGAAGAAAAACCCGUCUACAUCCUUCGUGCUCAAGCUAUCAACAGAAAGACAGGGAAACCUGUGGAGCCUGAGUCUGAAUUCAUUAUCAAGAUCCAUGACAUCAAUGACAAUGAACCGAUUUUUACCAAGGAGGUUUACACGGCUACUGUGCCUGAAAUGUCUGAUGUUGGCACAUUUGUUGUCCAGGUCACUGCUACUGAUGCUGAUGAUCCAACAUAUGGGAACAGCGCUAAAGUUGUGUAUAGCAUACUACAAGGACAGCCCUAUUUUUCAGUGGAAUCAGAAACAGGUAUCAUCAAGACAGCUUUGCUCAACAUGGAUCGAGAAAACAGAGAGCAAUACCAAGUGGUCAUCCAGGCCAAGGACAUGGGGGGCCAGAUGGGCGGCUUAUCAGGGACCACCACGGUGAACAUCACGUUGACUGAUGUCAAUGACAACCCUCCUCGCUUCACCCAUGGUACCUACGAGUUUAAAACCCCUGAAUCUUCUCCACCUGGUACACAAAUUGGCAGAAUCAAAGCCAGCGAUGCUGACGAGGGAGAAAAUGCUGAAAUUGUGUAUAGUAUUACAGACGAAGAGGGCCUGGGCAUGUUUGAUGUCAUCACUGACAAGGAAACCCAGGAAGGGAUUAUAACCGUCAAAAAGCUCUUAGACUUUGAAAAGAAGAAAGUAUACACUUUCAAGGUGGAUGCCUACAAUCCUCAUGUGGAGCCCAAGUUCGACCGCCUGGGCCCAUUCAAAGAUUCGGCCACAGUCAGAAUCAUGGUGGAGGAUGUAGAUGAGCCUCCUGUUUUCAGCAAAAUGGCCUAUGUCAUGCAAGUAAGAGAAGAUGCUCAAGUGAACACUACAAUAGGUUCAGUCGCAGCUCAGGAUCCAGACACUACCAGGAAUCCUGUCCGGUACUCUGUGGAUCGACACACAGAUAUGGACAGAAUAUUCAACAUUGAUUCUGGAAAUGGUUCCAUUUUUACAUCAAAACUUCUUGACCGAGAAACACUGUUGUGGCACAACAUUACUGUGAUUGCAACAGAAAUUAAUAACCCAAAGCAGAGCAGCCGAGUGCCCCUCUACAUUAAAGUUCUAGACGUCAACGACAACGCCCCAGAAUUUGCCGAGUUCUACGAAACCUUCGUUUGUGAAAAAGCAAAGGCAGACCAGUUGAUUCAGAUCCUCCGUGCUGUUGACAAGGAUGACCCAUUCAGUGGGCACCAAUUCUCCUUCUCUUUGACCCCUGAAGCAGCUGCUGGUUCAAACUUUACCAUUCAAGACAACAAAGACAACACUGCAGGAAUCCUAACUCGGAAAAAUGGCUAUAACAGACACGAGAUGAGCACCUACCUGCUGCCUGUGGUCAUUUCGGACAACGACUACCCAGUUCAAAGCAGCACUGGGACAGUGACUGUCCGGGUCUGUGCAUGUGACCACCACGGGAACAUGCAGUCCUGCCAUGCCGAAGCCCUCAUCCACCCCACGGGACUGAGCACGGGGGCUCUGGUUGCCAUCCUUCUGUGCAUCGUGAUCCUACUAGUGACAGUGGUGUUGUUUGCAGCUCUGAGGCGGCAGAGAAAAAAAGAACCUUUGAUCAUUUCCAAAGAGGACAUCAGAGAUAACAUUGUCAGCUACAAUGAUGAAGGUGGUGGAGAAGAGGACACUCAGGCCUUUGAUAUCGGUACCCUGAGGAAUCCCGAAGCCAUAGAGGACAACAAAUUACGCAGGGACAUCGUGCCCGAAACCCUUUUUCUACCCCGACGGACUCCAACAGCACGCGACAACACCGACGUCAGAGAUUUCAUUAACCAAAGGUUAAAGGAAAAUGACACAGACCCCACCGCUCCGCCCUACGACUCCUUGGCCACCUAUGCCUAUGAGGGCACUGGCUCCGUGGCCGAUUCCCUGAGCUCGCUGGAGUCGGUGACCACAGAUGGAGACCAGGACUAUGAUUAUCUUAGUGACUGGGGCCCUCGAUUCAAAAAGCUGGCAGAUAUGUAUGGAGGGGUGGACAGUGACAAAGACUCCUAAUCUGUUGCCUUUUUCAUUUUCCAGUACAACACUGAAAUAUGUGACAUGGCUAUUUCCUUCUAUUUAUCCAGUACUCUGUGAAGGGUUCAGUAUUCCAGCCCAAUCCAAAAGCCAAUGGCUACAGUCCCUGCGGAUCCAAUGUUAGAGACUUUUUUCUAGUACACUUUUAUGAGCUUCCACGAGGCAAAUUUUUAUUUUUUAGUGCAUCCUGUUUACCAAGUCAGUGCAACAGGUGCGAACUGGAGGAGGGAACAGGGAGCUGCCUUCUGUACUGUCUGGGGGCAGGUUUUGAACAUGCUCAUUAACACUGGCCUGGAGUUUCACACACUCCAACUCAGGUCAGCUAACUGCUCUGACUGUACAUUCUACAAGCCAAUGGGACAAGGGGGUGUGCUUUAUUGGGGAAAUACAAAUAAGUGAGGGAUAACUGUGGAGUUGCUCCUAAUAUGUCAGCUCACAAGGUUGAAAUGAGCUCUGGGAGGGUGUGUGUUUCUGUCACAAAGAACCUAAAAUGACAUCUGCCCAUCCUGUUUGCUCGUCGAGAACUCUUUCUGGCACCAACUACCAUUUCAAACAUCAAAGCCACCACUGUUAAAGAUUCCUAUUCCUCUAAAAAAAAAAAAAAAAAGGUACAAGCAAAUUGAAUGGUAACAUUGAAAGACAACAACAAAAAUUUGACAAGUCCUCAUUCCUUGCCACAAAGUCAUAAUCUAUUAUACAUUAGACUUGAAAAAGUUUGCUGUUAUAUUUUAGAAAGGAAAAGAGAGAACAGCUAAUAACAUUAACAAAGGAAACAUUUAGCAUACUUCAACUUUUGGCCACCAAAUAUAUCAUGGAUCACUUGAAAUUCUUUCAACUACUAGUAGGUUAAUGACGAAUGUGUUUAAGAUCAUAAGAGAAUUUUCCUGAGAUAAAUUUAACUCCCUGUCUGUAGUUGUCAUCAGUAUUAUUCUAUUAGACUUGAAAGUAGCAGUGUGAGGUAUAUUUCAUAUUUUCCAGAUACUUCUUACCCAAUUAUGUUGAAUUAGUAAAAUUAAAAAAAAAAAUUCAAGCCUUUCUCUCCAAGUUCAGUGAAGAGAUUAGCGCCACCCUAGAAGUUCCAGCUCAUUACACCCAGAAACCUCUGCUUAUUUUUGUAACAACAAAGAUGUACAUGAACACAUUGAGAUCAUGGUGAAAGCUCCACAGUCCAUGUUCAGAAAAUGCUUACAAAGGGAAAGUGUAUUCCCUUCAAAAACAGCAUUUAAAACGAUUAAACUGAGAGUUGACUUUCAAAAGUAUCAAUAUAAUUUCAUUGUUUUUAACUUUGUUUCCUUGGCAACUGUGCCAACCUUGUGUUUGAAUUAAUGAUAAGAAAAUGAUCUCAAACUACAACAGAAACAAUAAUGCAAAAUCCAGUCAAUCUAUUAUUUCUCUAAUUAUGCAAGUAGCAGCAUAGCCACUUAUGAUACAGAGGGCCCCAACUGAACUGAACUAAUAUUUCAUCAGGUUCAAAUCAUUUAUUUCAUGUGGUUGUUCUAAUGGCUUUCAUCAUUAGAAUCUCAGAUUGUGCAGUCAUCAGAAAUUUCCAAAGUACUGUAAUGAAAACAUCCUUGUUUUUCAAACUUUAAAAGGCUCUGUACAUAUAUAUAUGCUAUAUAUAUAUAUAUAUAUAAUAUACUCAAGAAUAGGCUUACUUCACUUAUUAGUCUUAGGGAUUUAUUUUUAAUGUUUAUUUUCUUCAGAUAAUCUCAAAGU